AUCCUAAUGAUCCAUCGAUAGAACACCAAGGCGUCAAGUGUGCUAAACCAAGAUUCGACGAAAUCACUGUGUAUCGUUGGCUAACAAAAGUGGGGUUACUUUCAUGUAGGACGCCGGUGUUGUGUUGGUUCGGUUCGCCCUGUGUUAGCCAUUCGCAGAUGUAUCGCUUGAUGCCAUUGAUCCAAUGUGUUCGAUACUGGCGUUGUUGACAGGCACUGUAGGAGCCGCAACAAUGAUGGACAACGACGACCUCUACUCGGGCUAUGACUACAGCUCGGCCAUGGACUUCUCGGCUAUGGACGACGACAUUCACUUUCAGCAAGCAAUUAAAAACUCAAUGACAAGAAGGCCGAUGACCCAGAGCCGACUGCUGACCGGGAUGGGCGGCUCGAGGCCGGCCACGCGCGGCCAGCCACGCACCGGCCUGCUGCGCAGCGCCGCGCCCAGCACUGCAUCCUUCCGCGGCGGGAUGCCGCCGAUGACGGGCCGCCCGCUGACCGGGAUGACGUCCGGCGACGAGAACCGGCCGAUGACGGCCGUCAAAGGCGUGGGCUACUCGUCUGCCGGCGGCCGCCAGUCGGGCUUUGAGCGUGGCCGAUCCGGCCUGGAGCCGCACUCGUCCCAGACACCGGAGGAGCGGGUGCGUCAGCUGGAGGCGCGUGUCAUGGCGCUGGUCGAGGAGUCCUGUCUGGCCAGCUGCCGGAACGAGGAUAAACUGGCGCUGGACCGGGCCAAGGAGGCGUCGGCCAAGGAGCGCACCCUGAUCAGACACCGCGAGCAGGCCGGCCUCAUCGACUCGCACAACCUCGAGCUAACUUUCGUGGUGCUGACGAACCUGGCUCACCAGUACGCCAAAAACGAGCUCUACACUGAGGCACUCAACACCUACCAGGUCAUCACCAAGAACAAGAACUUCAACAACGCCGGCCGCCUGAAGGUCAACAUGGGCAACAUCUACUACAAGAUGGGCCAGUUCCCCAAGGCGCUGAAGUUCUACCGGAUGGCGCUCGACCAGAUCCCCAGCGGACAGAGCUCCACUAAGAUCAAGAUAAUGCACAACAUCGGCAUUCUGUUCGUAAAGAUGGGUCACUUUCCUGACGCCAUCACCAGCUUCGAGUUCUGCAUGCACGAGAAGCCGUCAUUCCGCAUCGGUCUGCACCUGGUGGUGUGCUACCACGCCAUGGGUGACCGCGCCAAGCAGAAGGAGGCCUUCCAGAAGCUGCUGCAGGUGCCUUUCGACAUGGAGAACGAGGACAAGUACAAGGACCUCGAGGAAGAGGCUGAGAAGGACCCGCAGACCUCGCUCGUACUGGAGGUCAUCAAAAACGACCCGAUGCGUAAGCUGGAGCGUCGCCUUCGCAACGAGGCGGAGCAGUGCAUCCUGACGGCGGCCAAGCUGAUCUCGUCGGCCGCCGGAGAGGACAGCGCACAGCUCACAGAGGCCUAUGACUGGUGUGUGGACACGCUGAAGAACUCGCAGCACUCUGAGUUGGCCAACGACCUGGAGAUCAACAAGGCGGUGAUGUACCUGCGGCAGCGCGACUUCCGCGCCGCCAUCGACACGCUCAAGGUGUUCGACAAGGUGGACACCAAAGUGGCCUCGCACGCCUCCACCAACCUGGCCUUCCUCUUCUUCCUGCGAAAGGAGUACGAGGAGGCUGAGAAGUACGCCGAGCGGGCGCGGGACGCCGACGGAUACAACGCACCGGCACUGGUCAACCUGGGCAACUGCUGCUUCCAGCGCGGCGACCUGGAGAAGGCCAAGGAAUACUACAUCUGCGCGCUGGACAACGACGCCUCCUGCGUGCAGGCGCUCUACAAUCUCGGUCUCACGAACAAGAACAUGCGUCUGUACGCGGACGCCAAGGACUCGUUUGUGAAGCUGCACACUAUCGUGCGCUCGCACCCUCAGAUCAUCUACCAGAUCGCCAACUGUUCGGAGCUGAUGGGCGACAUCGACCAGGCCACCGAGUGGUAUAUUCAGAUGCUGAGUUUGGUGCCGUCGGACCCGGAUACCCUGUUCCACCUGGGCGGACUGCUGGACAGCGAGGGCGACAAGCAGGCCGCUUACCAGUACUACUUUGACUCGUCCCGGUUCUACCCGGCCAACCUGGAGGUGAUCGACUGGCUGGGCUCCUACUUCAUCGAGCACCAGGUCUCCGAGAAGGCCAUCCUCUACUUUGAGCGCGCCACGCUGAUCCAACCGGCAGAGGUGCGCUGGCACCUUAUCAUCGCCUCGUGCUACCGGCGCGCCGGUAACUACCAGCGAGCGCUAGCCAAGUACAAGGAGAUCCACGUCAAGUUCCCGGACAACAUUGAGUGUCUGAAGUUCCUGGUGCGUAUCUGCACCGAUCUCGGCCUGAAAGAGGCCGCCGACUACGCCGUGGAGCUGAAGCGUGCUGAAAAGUACAAGGAAAUGCGCGACGAGCGGCUGAAAUCCGGAAGGCCUAGCACCUCGUACCGGUCCGGCCUGCACGGCUCUCGGGACAACUCGGCGGCCAGUCGGCGCUCUGACGACCGUCCCGGCUCGAUGGCCCGCCCUCCGGGCACAGCUGGCGAGCGGGCCAGCCUGUCGCCGGCCUCUCCGCAGCCGGCGCCGACCGCGGCCGCCACCCCGACGCCGAGCGGCCCGAGAGAGAUUGACACGUGGUACGACGACCCGCUGGGCCCGCUGGAGCAGCGGAUGACCCACUACUCUCAGCGGGCAGCCGAGGACGACUGGGACGACGAGCUCGGCGACGACCUGCUGCCCGAGUGAACAGACCGGCCCGAUAUCUGACGGCGAGAGGCGGAAGCUGAGACUGGCCGGCCGGCCGCCAGGGUGGAGCGAGGGCAGGCCGGUGUGGGCCGGGACGGUAGUGCUGCUAGUCUUACUGCUGUGAUUAUUUUUAUAAGUAUACAAGUUUUAGGUACUAAACCAUUUUUCAUUCGUUGAAUACGUGAAGUAUUGACUUCUUUUUUCGGUUCAGUUUUAAUGAAACGUGUAUUUUGUUACGUCACCUUAUAUUCCGUUGUUUCAUGUAUCGCAUUUUUUAUUCGCAUAGGUACAUUUGUGAUAUUCUAUAUAUUUUGUCUGAUCCUUUGUCGCUAUGUAUAUGUAAGUGUAAAUGCCUGCACUCUGGAGUGUGCCAGCUGAUGUCACUAAAAUGUGUUACCGUCCCUAACCCGCGCCCUGGUGGGGUCUGUUUAUAACGCGACCUGGUGGGGGGGGGGGGCUAUUUUUUGCCCCCCCUCGUAUCUCCGAAACUACUGGACGGAUCCGAAAAAUUCAAACGGCGUUCGAAAGGCCUGUCAAAUUUGUCGAGGGAAACCAAAUUUUAUUGACCUCGGGGUCACCGAUGACGUCACAGGUCAAGUCAAAGAUGAAAUGUUUCACCGUUCACGGGUCUUCUAGGGAAUGCGCUAUAACACCGAGGAAAACGCAUUUUGUCGGGAAUCAGCGAUAGGGCGUCAGUUGCCUAGUAGAUAUGUUGCUGUUAGAGGUCACUGGCCAUACCAGGUCAGGUCACAGGUCAGGUCACCAAAGGUCACCAAGGGUCACCACAUGAACCCAACUUUACUAAGGUUAUGCGAUGCAUGUUUUAUGGCCAGUUUUUCAUUUCCAACUCAAUGGUGUUGGUUAUAAGACCAUCAGGUACGGUUUAGGUCACUUUCUGGUGGAGGUCAGGUCAAGGUCAGGUAAAAAAAGGUCAAAUUUCAAAGUUGAUAUUUUUGCAUAAAAUGGGUAUUGAUUCGAUGCAGCUCGUCAAGGGGAGUCUAAUGGUGGUCUUUGUUUUGCGCUACGAGGUCUAGAAUUGCUGAAAAUCGAGUUUGAAAAUUUGACGUCAUCAAUUUUGAACAGUUUUUUCGCUAUAACUUGGCCAAAAAAAGAGGUAUCGAUCUCAAAUUUGGUAUGUAGAUAGAAGGCGGUAAGGACUAUCACAUAUAUUCCGGUUUUUUCGAAAUUCAAAAAACUUUUUGGAUUUUUUGGCUAUUAUAUUCAAAAAAUCUAUUUUUUGAUUUUUGGGGGUCAAAAUCCAAAAAUUUCAAAAAUCCGAGAUAGCAGUUUUGUAGCCCUGUCCAUUCUACAGCUUUUAUGUCUGUAUCAUUUUUCUGUAUUUGCAAAUCUAUAGGCCUGACAGCUCAUCCCGCGAAACCCUUUUUUGGGUCGAAAACGGCAGAACAUGACGUCACUCUGACGUCAUUUCCGGCCAACCUAUCAUAGCCUUUGGAAAAAUUUUUGGUCACAAUGUGUAAAAUUGAUGUCCGGGAGGGUACUGAAAGUUUGGUGACGAUCGGCGCAGUGGUUCUGGAGAUAUAUCGAAAAGUCUGGAGGGGGGGGCAAAAAAUAGCCCCCCCCCCCCACCAGGGCGCGGGCUAAUGUGCGAUGUGUAGAAAUGUACUCAAGCAGGCUCCACUGCAUAGAUAUUCUAUGCUGGCCGCCGGGGUCAAGAGAUAUCCUACAGUUUCACAAACCUCGGAUAAAGUCGACUUAUCGUACCCCGGAUCACCGGGAUGUAAGAUAAUCCGCGAAGGUACAUGAAAGACAAUAUUAUAUAUCUAAACUGCACGAAAACAUUGAUCUUCUAUUGCAUGGUACGAUUAGUACGACUGAAUAAUACUGCACGGGUGUAUUUAUGUUUUUAUGUAGUCACGAUAUGUAACCUUAUGUAACGAUGAGAUGUAACUUGGUUCACUCUAUGGAUGUAACUUUGCUGUAGUGUUGUUCCUUUUUGUCGGUCGUCGUCAUGCUCGAUGUCCUCAUUGACGGCACACUGAUGAAAGCUUUUCAUCUCACCGCUGUGAUGCAUUAUGUUUGUUACCCAAUAUAUUUUAUUUCGAUCGGAA